AUGGCUUCGGUUCUCGCCCAAAAGCCCGCAGUCCCUGGCAUCAGUCCGCAUAAGCUGGUGACCAAGGAGAAGCUGGCCAGCCUGCGGCAACACCUUCUCGACGAGGACGCAGACCACGCCGUCCUCCCCGAGACUCCGGCCAGCGAUAACCGGGUGCUGGCCGAGCUCCUCGGCGUCGAGGCCGAGACAGUGCCAAGCUUUGUGUGCCGCUUCGCGAAGGGUGGCGAGAGCUGCGCCAACUGCGGCCGCGCCUUCAGCAUCCUCGACAUGGCCAAGUCGGGCCUCAAGGUCCACAGCAAGGAGUUCAUCAAGGCCACCAUCUUUGGUCAGCACGGCUAUGUCUUCAACAACGUCCCGCAGCUCCACGAGUGCUACGAUUGUGGAGAAAAGGCGACGUCCAGCAUGGACUACGGCUGCCCCAUGUACAUGUGUGGCAGCCCUCUGGAGACGGUCUGA